AUGGAAUUCGAAAGCAUAGCUAUAAUCUUAUAAAUCGGAUCAUCUUUAUUUGCAGCUAUGACAGCAAUGCUUUUAAAAUUAAUCCAAGAAUUAAACUUCAAUCAAACCUUAUAUUUAAGAGGAAUAAGUAGUUUUAUACUUCUAAUUUUAAUUAUUAACCAUUACAAAACCUAAGUUUAAGGUUUUGAUAAACAAACUAUGAAAACCCUAAUAGAAAGAGGUCUUUUAGCAAGCUUUGGAGCAUUUUUAUAUUUUUAAGGAUUGGAUUUGGUUCUGGUUUCUGAAUCUAUUAUUCUAAAUAGGAUGUCUCCCAUUUGGACAUCAAUUAUUUAGAUUUUAAUAUUAAAAAAGGAAUAAUUCAACCGCAGAUUGUGUUUAAAUAUGCUUCUUUGCAGUGUGGGUAUUUAUUUAGUUGCCAAAAAUAACACCAAUAAAAAUUAAGCUAAUAAUGUGGAAGAUGGAUACUAUCAUAAUUUAGGCAUAAUAUUAAUAUGUUUGGCCUCGAUUUCCUAAGCAUUUGUUAAUAUUUUAAUAUAGUAAAUUAAUAAAGAAGUAAUGAUUAUAUUAAGAUUUAGGUUGAUAAUUUAGCGAUUUGUAUUUAUCAAUCCUUUUUUGCAACUAUCUUUCCUUCCGUUAUCUCUUUAACUAAGGGAUCAAAGUAAUAAUUUUUAUAAAAUCUAGAUUUAUUUUUCCUUCUUAAUAUGAAGCAUUUUUGAUUAUAAUGAUAUCUGUAAUGUCACUCUUUUCAGGUCAAUUAUCAGUCUCAGCUAUGAGAUAAGGAAAAUUAAGUGUAAUCUCUAAUGUUAGUUAAAUCUAAAUAUUUUUUGGAUAUUUAAUUGACGUUUUUAUCUUUAAAGUCUAAUUUAAUGGAGAAUAGAUUCUAGGAAAUAUUUUAUUAUUAUGUUCAUUAAUUCCUUUGAUAUGGAAGUGA